AUGAUUCAUUGGGCGGUUCGUAGGUGGCUUCGGCUGCCUACUGACUGUCUCAAUUCCGUCAUCCACUCACCAGCGAGAUUCAGCGGUUCAGGGGUUUCUUCGCUUGAAAUGCUCGUUUCCACACUGAAGGACAAAUACCUAAGCCUGUUUACCGAUGGGUAUGCAGAGGAUGAACCAAUUGCAUCCAAUCUCUCAGUCCGCUACUUAAUGAUGCACAGAUUCAGUAACUCUAUCAACUGCACCCGUGAGGACCUGGUUGAGGACCUGCUUAGUAGGUAUGAUACCAGGGGCCUACAGGGGUAUGAUCAUGUUCCAGCUGUUAACAGUUGGCUUGAUUAUGCCCCUGCCAACUUGGGUGGCUUUGAAUUUCAGGAUGCCAUCUGUAUGGGCACGCCAGCCUGGUUAUCCCGGGGUGACCGUCGGGUUGAUACGGUAUGUAAAUGUGGGCGCAAUGCUCCCAUGAGCCUGCCCCAUGUUGCCCAAGCCUGCUGUCUCAUUGAUGGUAUCCGAAGAAAAUGGCACAGCAAUGUUGUGCUUUUUGUGGCACAAGCCAUGAAGAAGCUGAAUCUUGAUGUCAUUAUGGAGCUGCGUUUUGAAACUGAGCGAGGUCUGCGAAAGCCUGACAUCAUGAUCUGCAUCGAAAGGGGGUUGAUUUUCCUGGACAUGCAGGUGCAUCCUGAUUCUGUUGUCUGCAGUCUGGAUACUUGCAACAAAGAAAAGAUCAGAAAAUAUAACCAGCCUUGA